GCAACACCGGCAAAUAUUAUCUGUCAAAAAGAAAACGGAUCGUUGCACUCUCAGGAACGCUAAAAUUUAUAAAAAUAUAAGUUUUCUAUGGAUUUAGAAUAAUAACACGUCUUGUACUUAUUAAUUUUAACUAUGUUUUGGAGCGGAAACUAUAUUGUAGUUAGGGAGUUAAAUUUUCUUCUUAAAGAGGAGAAUGUAACAUUGUCACAAGUGUUGGAGGCGGACGACAUCCUGCAGGAAUGCAAGGCGGACAACAAAGCGCUCAUACAGUUCCUCACAAAGCCAGAGAUUCUGGCGGAGCUGAUAACACUGAUCACAGAGGAGCCGCCGAAGAAUGUGGAGCUGGCGUCGCAGUACCGGCACGCCAACAUCGCGUGCGAGGUGCUCACCAGCCACCUGUCCAUGCUGAGCGACCGCCUGUCGCUGGACGCCACGCAGAUGAACCGCCUCUGCGACUUCAUCAACCGGGAGCCGCCGCUCAACCCGCUGCUCGCCUCCUACUUCAGCAAAACUGUCGAAAUGCUGCUCGAAAGGAGCCCCAAACAGGACUGCUACCUAUAUCACAUAGUGUGUCUGCGAGUCCUGGACUUCUUCAAGUCGCGGCGUGACUUCCUGCCGAACCUGCUGCGCCACAUGUCCACCUCUGCGAUCGCAGACACCUUCAAGUACUUCAUCAGGCUUGACGACCUCUUCAAAAAGACUGUCAUGGAGUGGCUGGACGAGCACCAGUUCCUGGAGUGCCUCAUACAGAUCGUGUGCGGCACGUACGUGCCCGAGGAGCUGGCGGACGCGGAGAAGGCGGAGCACGAGACCAGCGAGAAGCCUCACCACAACCACAAGGACGACUCCGGGGGCAGCGACGCUGAUCGAGAUAAAGGCACCCCGGCGGAGGCGCCGGCGCAGGACGGCGCGGAGGCGGCGGAGCGCGCGCGGCGGCGCACGGCGGCGGUGGCGGCCGGCAACGCGGCGGCGCUGCUGUGCGAGCUCAUCGCGUCGGGCUGCGCGGGCGGGCGGCGCGGCGCGGUCCCGCAGAGCUGGGCGCUGCUGGCGCGCCUGGCGGCCGAGCGCGGCGUGCGCGCGCUGCUGGGCGGCAUGUUCACGAGCGGCGCGGCGGCGCGCGACGCGGCGCUGGUGCAGGCUGCCGUGCUGCUGCUGCUGCACGACGCGCUGCGCGCCAACGCCGUGGAGCUGGCCGUGGCGCCGCACCUGCCGCUGCUGCACCACGCGCUGCUGCGGCCGGGCGCCGAGGGCCGGGUGGGGCUCGCCCGCGUGCAGGUGGCGGCGCUGCUGGCGCACCUGGCGCUGUCGGAGGUGGAGGAGGUGGCGCGCACGCUGCUGACGCUGGGCACGCCGGCGCUGCUGGUGGAGCUGUUCUUCCAGCACCCCAACAACAACUUCCUGCACGCGUGUACACGCUGCUCAAGCACGCUCACCAACCGCGUCUUCCGCAACCAGUACCAGCGACAUCUGGUGGAGGAGUGCGGGCUGCUGGCGCGGCUGAUGGACGCGUGGGAGGCGGCGCGGGCGGGGCCGGGCCCGCGGCCGGGCUACAUGGGGCACGUGGUGCUGUGCCUGGCGCGGCUGGCGCGGGCGCUGGCGCAGCCCGACGCGGCGCCGCUGCCGCCCGACCUGGCGCCGCGCUGGGAGGCCUUCCGCGACCACGAGCUGCGCCCGCUGCUGCAGCAGCACGACACGCCGCUGGGCGGCUAUCAUCCAUCAGAAAAUAUUUAUGAGGUGGAGAUAAUGGCGGACACUCUGGCAGCUAACUACGACUUCAACGACAUGGCGGCCACGGCCAGCAUGGACGAGAUGGCGGACGACGUCAACGCCGACGAUGCUAACGAGAUGUGUCGGGACAUGGCGUCUAACCUGGAGUCUCCGGACUUCAUAGCGGACGGGCUGGGUAUCGACGACGCAGACAACAUGAGAGCGGCUAAGAGCAACUUCCUGGAGCUCGCGCGACAGAGGUUCGAUGACGACAUGUGGGACAGCCCGGGCGAGGCGGAGGACGAGGCCGAGGCGGAGGCCGAGCCCGCCGUCGCCGUGCAGGACUUGCUCGACCAGCACUCGCCGUGGGAGAGCGCGGGCGGCGGCGGCGGCGGCGCGGGCGAGGGCUGGGCGCAGUUCGACGAGUUCGCGCCGCACGACCAGGACUUCGCGCCCUUCUGGGCCUACGCCGCGCCCAUCGGUACGUCACGUGCUGCUUGUGGCCUACUGCCCUGCCAUGUACCUACUGUACGACCUAUUCCGGAUAACAUCGACCCGGAGCUGGAGGCGGGCAUGCGGUCGCUGCGGCUGGAGGCGGCCGAGGCGCGGCGCCUGGACGACGCGUCCAGCGUCGAGCUCGCCAACAACCUGCUCACCGCCAUGUCCGCCAUGUCGCCCGACGCCAUCGCCAACAUCGUCAACGCCAACCUGCCGCAGCCGCCGCCCGGCUCCGCCCCCGCGCCCGCCCCCGACGCGCCCGCGCCCGCCCCCGACGCCUCCGCCCCCGCCCCCGCCGACCCGCCCGCGGGCCCCCCGGGGGCGGGCGGCAGGUGAUGGCGCCGCUCCCCCUAACUGUUUGAUGUGAUCGUCAGUGAGGACACUGUUUGCAUUUAAUAUCGAAUUCGAUGUGUCUUACAAAUAAGUGUUUUAAACGUUCAAUUCGGGAAGAAAUCAUACUUAAGUAUUUCCUAUUCAUACACUUUCUAAUCAUUACUAAUAUAAGGUGUAAUACAAAUAUCAUAAUGGUAAUUAUAUUAAUAUUGAACAAAUUACAUUAUCGUCCGGCGCGCGUACCCGCGCCGAGCUUGUCUGACCAAUGUGUAUAGUUGUUUGUCAUUCCUUCAGCACAUCAUCCUACGAGACGCCGGAAGGCUUCUCAAUAUUACAAAGUACUUGAAGGAGUGUGAGAUCUCUUAGAUGUAAAUAUGUAGCUAUGCAGAGAGUGCAGUACUGACACCCUCACUGCAGGCUCUGCUCCACUCACCUUAAUCAUGUAACCCGCUUGACACACGUAGACGUAUAACAUGUGACGCCUCGUCACUUGCCGCAGCGGAUUGUAACGAUGCUGUUACUGUAUAUAGUACGAAUCAUUUGGCCAAUUAUCGAGCUUUACCUUUCCAUCGUAUAUUCCUGAAUGUUAAUGACUAUUAUUGACAAAUGAGUUUGUUCGUGUUAGCUAAAUUGGUUUGAGUAUAUCCGUUGAUUGUUAAGUUGAAACCUGUCGUUGACCGAGGGUGCUUCCGUGUUGAAACUUCCGCCGUCGAUACUGUGGACGGCGAGUAGCUAGUGGUCUGCUGCUCAACUCAAUGACGCUGGAUGCGUCUUGAGUUAACGCUGAGACUUGGCCAUACGGCAGUGUAAUAAUAACGAAGUCAGCUGCUAAACUAUCUCACCUUAGUAAAUCAUUCCUUGUAAGUAAACGCCUUAAGCGGUGGUAUAGAUCGCGAUCACGCCGGCCGCGCGAUUGUCGCCCUUAUUGUAAGGGCAUAGGGUCGCCACUGAGAUUUCUUAGUUUCGUUAAUUAGCCUUAUGUAAUUUGGGGUCUAUAAUUGUUUAAUAACUUCGCCGGGCCUUGUCAUUUGAUGUGGUUCACAGUUACAUGGUCGGUGUCGUUGAUUCAGCUUAGUUUAGAGGUUAACAAUUAUAUGACCACUGUAGACUAUUUCUUCUAUUCUUUUUUUGUGAUUAAUCAUGAAUGUAACACAUAAAUUCCCUAUGUAUCAAGUGUUCAUAUCGGUUGUAUAUCAGUUGACAUAUCGCGUCCACUCCCGCGCUUACCUAGUGAGGGCACAAUGUGCUCCACGUUUACUUACGUCUUCAUGUACCCACACACGUGAUGUGAAGAAAUCUCGCCUGUUUGUACAAUCACACUAUCCUAGUUAUAAUAUGUACUGCUUAUUUACUUAUAUUUGUGUAGUAUUUAAUUAUAAUCGGAAGUGCAGUAGUGGGCGGUACAUUGGAACGUGGCAGUGGUAGGGGCGACGUUAGAUAUACAUAAUCAAGUGCGCCACAUAUCGCAGUGUCAGUGUCGACACGAGCCGCGGCUGUGGACAUAUCCACUUAUAUCAAUAGGUUAGUAUUCCUUGCUUUCUGUUCAUGUUCCAAGAGUUGUGUUCAACUGCGCGACGCUGUGGCUCCGGACACUUAUCAUUUGAUCCCUACAACCAGCGUGCCAAAUAUUACGAAUCUGAAUGUAAAUCGUUAUAAUUUUUUGUCCUAAUUAAAUCUCGGACUGGGACUACACGCAAUAUUAUUAAAUGUGAUUUAAUCUUUAUCAAAUAAACUUAAUUUUAAGUAUGUUAUCAAUAAAAGAUAUAGCAGUGACUGCAAAAAAUGUCGCCAAAAAUCA